GGCAGUUUAGAGCAUGAAUUCAAACAGGUGGCCAUUCCUUACACAAGGCACCUUUUUAAAGGCUCGUUCACUGACAAGUAACGUGAAUAAUAAAAAGGCAAAUACAUUAAUUACAAAGUGUGAGUGUAAAUACAGGUAUAAAGAAUAGCAGUGUGAACCGUCGGACGGAUUGGACCGUAUCGGGGGGCGCAGGUACAUCAGAGGUGGGCAUGGCGAGUAGGUGGGGUCGCUGCUCUCUCCUCCUGUCCGGAGCAGAGCAGCCGUCAGUGCGGAAACAACGAGCCGAGCAGAGCAGCGGAGAGCUGGAGAGGAGCGCUGUCUGACGGAGAGGUUCAAUUCAAGGAUUGUGGAAACAUUGAACAGCGCAUGGUGUCCCGACAUGCUCCGUCACAUCCACCCCUCCCUCCUCUUAACGCUGCUGCUGCUUCUUCAAGUCCGGCCGGGCAGCUCGGUGCAGGAGAUCCAAACCAGCCAUGAGAACAUCCUGAAGAUCAACUCGGCGGGAGAGACGAUGCAGUGCUCCGCGGCCAUGGACGUCCUCUUCCUCCUGGAUGGUUCGUACAGUGUGGGGAAGGGCAGCUUCGAGAGGUCCAAACACUACGCCAUCAAACUGUGUCAGGCGCUUGACAUCGGACUGGACAAGGUGCGGGUCGGCUUGAUUCAGUUUGGCUCCACCCCUCGGCUGGAAUUCGGCCUGGACUCGCACACCACCAAACAGGAGCUGAAGAAGCACAUGAAGAAGGUUUCCUACAGGGGAGGCAGCACCCAGACGGGCCUGGCUCUCAAGUACGUGCUCAGGAAAGGUUUCCCGGGCGGUCGCAACUCCUCCACCGCGGCCCAGAUCGCCAUCCUCUUAUCAGAUGGGAAGUCUCAGGGCAAUGCGGUGCAGGCGGCUGCUAAGCUCAAAGAGACAGGGGUGGUCCUGUUCGCCGUGGGCCUCCGCUACCCCAGGUGGGAGGAGCUGCACCAUUUGGCCAGUGAGCCGAUGGAGAGCCACGUCUUCUUCGCCGAGCACUUCUACGACGCCAUCAACGGCCUGUACACCACGCUGACCACCUUCUCCGUCUGCAACGCCACGCCUGCAGGCUGUCUGCUUGAGUCGUUCCCCUGUGUGAGGAAGACGCUGGAGACGGUGAAAGAGCUGCAGGGGAAUUUCAUGUGUUGGAAAGGCUCCAAGGGGUAUUCCCCUUACACGUCUCUCUGCCCACACUACAGGUAUAACAAGGUGUACAAGAGACACCAGACAGUCUGCCAUCGGACGAUCUGUCCAGAUCCCUGUGACUCUCAGCCCUGUCUGAAUGGUGGCACAUGUGUGUCAGAAGGUCCGGAUGGUUACCGUUGCGUUUGUCCACCUGGCUAUGGAGGAGACCCCCACUGUGCUCCUGCUCUGUCCCUGGACUGCUCCGUGGACUUGCUGUUCCUGGUGGAGGGCUCCGCCACGCUCACCUUGGAAGGCUUCCUCCGCCUCAAGUCCUUCCUAAAGCGCUUCCUGCAGACCGUGAUCGGCUCAGACACCCCCAGCAAGGUCGGCCUUGCGGUGUUCGGCGGGGAGGCCAGAGUCGAGGCCCAGGUGGGCAAGUUCAGAGGGGACCUGAGAGGUCUGCUGAAGGCCGUGGAUGCCCUCCAACCGAUCGGUGGCGAGACCAAGACAGGCCAGGCGAUCCGCUACGUCACACGCCACGGCUUCGUGAGUGCACCCGUCUUUGCCGACGUCUCGGACGAUCUGCCCCGCGUGGUGGUGCUGAUCACUUCCACUCCUGCGGUAGAUGAGGUGGUGGAGCCCUCUAAGUAUGCACGAGACAGGGAGAUCUUCUUGAUCGGCGUCGGACCGAACUACUUGAAGGGACAGCUGAAUAAUAUCACUGGAAAUCCUCAGAGGACUAUCACCUACACAUCGCCUGAGCUCGGUGCCAAGAUCCCUGAGCUCAAGGCCAAGAUUUGCAGUGUGGAUACACAAGGAUGUCUGGGCCAGGCAGUCGACCUUGUUUUUGCCCUCGAUGCCUCUGGUGGUGUCGGCCGAGAAAACUUCGCCACCCUGCGCGACUUUGUGCGUGGCCUAACCGUCCAGUUUGACAUCAACCGUGACGUGGCCCAGGUGGCGCUCGUGGCCUACAGUCGCAGGGCCACCACCGUCUUCAACCUGGACACCCACGACACUGGCUCUGCCAUCCUCAAGGCUGUCGGCGAGGCCGACUACAUGGGUGGAGUGGCUUCGACAGGUGCGGCUCUACUUCACGUCCACUCCAGUGUCCUGACGGUGGCCAAAGGGGCACGGCCCGGAGUCAACAAGGCAGUGGUGGUGGUGACGGACGGCUCAGGAGGCGAGGAUGCCGCCGUUCCAGCCCAGAAGAUAAGAGACAACGGCGUGUCACUGUUUGUGAUCGGUAUCGGAGACGUGCAGAAAGAGAGGCUGCUGCAGAUCGCCGGCUCAGAGGAGCGGAUGAUCUCGGUGCUGUCUUACGAGGAUCUUAAGUACUUUGAGGAUGUGGUGGUGCAGAUGGUGUGUUCAGAGGCUAAAAUGCCAGUAAACCUGUGCAAGCCCAACCCAUGUAUGAACGAUGGGAUGUGCAUCCUGUCCGGAGGGAGCUUCCGCUGUCAGUGCCAAGGCUACGAAGGACCACACUGUGAAACAAGGAGCAGCAGGUCUUCAUCCAGAGGAGAUCUCCCGCGGCCCGCUGGUCUCAAGAAGAAGAGCAGGCAGAAGAAGAGCCACCAGGAGCUCCUGCAUCACUACAGACUGCACCGCAGGAGGCAUGCUGCCUGAUAACACCACACACACUAUACACAGAAAUAACUCACUUAUGGACACUUAAGAACCAAGGAUGUUUGCAGGGCACAAAGUGGAGUAAAGGGAAAACUAAUGCUACUGUGUUAAUAUUUCAACUUGCAUCUCAAAGUGCCUUCAGACUGUAUGUACUGUAUUUCUACUGCUGUGAUUGUUUCUUGUUGAAUCUGUCAGCCAUCACUGUGCAAUUAUCUCAAUAUCAUAUUAUAAUGUAUAUCUGUGUCAUGAUUUUUUAAAACGUAAUAUUAUUUUUAAGGUCUUAUUGCUACGUCUUUUAUCCCUCCGAGUCUGAAUCACGUCAUGUUUGUGCCAAAAAGUGCUUUAAACCCAAGUAUUAUUUUUUGAUAUACAUUAUAUUUUCUCAUAUUUUUUUACAAUAGACCCUUCUGAAAUUCACUCUAUGGAAUGAGGUUGGGUAACACUUAAUAAUAAACAACAAUAUAUGGUAAUGGUUAAUGGUUAUUUCACUGUUAACAAACAAAUGAAAUGCUUUUUGAAACAUUUAUUAAGUAGUUGUUUAUUGGAAAGUUCGAACCAAUGUCUCCAAUUGAUAUGCUGUGUAGUUCAUCUAUUAACUGAACUUACAUUCCCAUUAUAAAGCUGCUUUUGAUGUUUACUAACCUUUUCUUUGUAAAACAUUUAUUAAGUAACUCUAGAGGUUUCCAAACAUCAGUUACAACUUUCCAAUAAACAAUUGCUUAAUGAAUCAUUUAUGAAACAUUGGAUCUUUUUGGUUAGCAGUGAAAUAACAAUUAAUUAAAGUUUAGGGUUAGUUUAGUUAAAGGUGCAAUAUAAGAAUUUUAGUUUCAAACAUUCUAAAAUAAACUACAAUUAUCAACAGAGGUUGAAUAAAUAACAGUUUUGGCUUUAUGUGCAAGUGGUGUAAGCGCCAAGUCUUCAGCUCGCUGCACAGCUCACUGAGCUAACAGGCUAACAGUGACUACAAUCAGCAGCAGUUGGUGAUACGUUGCCCCCUAUUUGCCCCCUAUACAAGCAGCCAGUUCUCCUCCAUAUAUUGCACCUUUAACUAUAAAUUUAACAUGAUGGUUAAUAUAAAGUGAUACCAAAGGAUUUUUAGAUGUUGAUAAAGGUGAUUGUUUGUUCUCAAUAAUGAACAGAAUCAUGUAAUAAAUAUAUGUAUAUAUGUAUUUCAUCAAUAGUUACAGUGUUAUAUAAAUACAGAAAAAAGGCUGUUUUUGUACUUUUACUUUCAUCAAUAUUGGGGAAAAGAGAAAAAAUAAUAAUGGGACAAAUUCCAAACUAGACGAUUAGCAUGAAACAUUUAUAUCUGAUUGUUAAAAUUAGCUUUAAAUGACUUGAAUUACGCCUUUUUGAACCUUCAGAAACAUUUGGCAGAUGAACAUCCUAUAACCAAAUGACUCCCCUUCAUGAAUGCUUCAUGACUUCAUCAGUGAGAAGUGACUCAGCUGACUCUUUUCCCCCCUUUAAAAAGUUAAUGUAGCUGGCUCCCUGUGCGCUGUUCGUACAGUGAACCUUUAUUUCAUUGUCGACAGACCAGCUACAUUGAAAGAUGUAACUACGGGGAAGAAAUUUGAAUCAUUGACUGAUUUUUUUUAAUGCUUAAUCAAACCAAAUAAGCUAACUAUCUUUGUAUUCAUGACUGAAUAAACGGAAUAAACAAACAGACCUUAAAGGACAA